UUGCGGCAGCCGACAGCACGCAGUCACCAUGGUGGCACACAACAGAUCAGCGAAGUGGGAGCGCCGCCGGAGGAGCUAGCUCGCACCAUACUUCGUCGAGCUCCCAAGUCCGAAAGUCCAGCAUCAUGUUUCGUCCGUGAGCGGCUCGGCCUCUUCCCUAAAAUAAAAAAAACUAAAAAAUGGGCACCGCGUUACUGCCAACGGGUUAGGCUUUGUAGUCCCACUCCCCCCACCUUUUUUUGUCUUUUUUUUUUUUUUUUUUUUUUGGGUCGCUACUAGCAGAAUGGCGGUGGUGAACUCUGCAUAAAGGGGGAGGCGAAUUACAACAAGAGCAAGUUCGGCGAUCCCCGGUUGACGCCCGGCCCAACACCGGGCGGAAACCAGGAGCCCAACCCGGGGGCGAGCGCUCGCUUCUCGGCGUACCUAGAGGGGCUCCGGGGCACUCCCAAAAGCCUCCAGCCCCGCUCGCCUCUUCGGGCAAACGGCUAAGCGGCUCUCGGAUCCCGGAGAAGGAGGCCUUUCUGUCUCUUGUUUCCCCCCUCUCUUCCUUUUUUUCGCCCUGGAGCUAAAUUAACAUUUUGAACUGGAUUUAAACGCACCGUCCACUUCCAAGACUAUGAAAAUGGCGUCCUAUGUGGAUAACAGCUUUCGGGAGGCUGUGAUGAUGAACCCGGCGAACAGGACGCAACAGGACCUGGAGAUCGUCUACUCCUACCUCCACGGCAUGGAGGCCUUGUCCAACCUGCGGGAGCACCAGCUGCGGAUCAUGUGCGAGACGGUGCGCUACGAGAGGCACGAAGCCAACGAAGUGCUCUACUACCCUGACGACAUCGGAAGCUGCUGGUACAUCCUUUUGUCGGGCUCAGUCUUCAUCAAGGAGUCCAUGUUCCUGCCCAGAAGCAGCUUCGGCAAGCGAUCGGCAGGCAGCCUGAGACGUGGAUGUGAGUGCAUCGUCCUGGAACCCUCAGAGAUGAUUGUGGUGGACUAUAUGGAUGAGAAUGAGGAGUACUUCCAGAGACAAGCUUCCCACCGCCAGUCCCGCCGCCGCUUCCGGAAGAUCAACCAGAAAGGGGAACGGCAGACCAUCAUUGACACAGUGGAUCCGUACCCUGCUGGGAAACCGCCCAUAGCCCGAGGGUACCACACGCUGCCCGCAGACUUCAGUCGACUUCACCUGGCCGACGGCUUGCACCCACAGGUGACGCACGUGUCCUCCAGCCACUCGGGAUGUAGUAUCACCAGCGACUCCGGAAGCAGCAGCCUGUCUGAUAUCUACCAGGCAACCGAGAACGAGCCCGGCGACAUGGACCUGAGCGGCCUGCCGGAGACGGCCGUCGACUCUGAGGAGGACGACGACGAGGAGGACAUCGAGCGAGCGUCGGACCCCCUCAUGAGCCGGGACAUCGUCCGAGACUGCCUGGAGAAGGACCCCAUGGACAGGACGGACGACGACAUAGAGCAAUUACUGGAGUUCAUGCAUCAGCUGCCAGCCUUCGCCAACAUGACCAUGUCGGUAAGGCGUGAAUUGUGCGCCGUCAUGGUCUUCGCCGUGGUGGAGCGCGCCGGUACCAUCGUUCUCAACGAUGGCGAGGAGCUGGACUCGUGGUCGGUGAUCUUGAACGGUUCAGUGGAGGUGACGUACCCUGAGGGGCGAACGGAGAUCCUGUGCAUGGGCAACAGCUUCGGGGUUUCGCCCACCAUGGAGAAGGAGUACAUGAAGGGGGCCAUGAAGACCAAGGUGGACGACUGCCAGUUUGUGUGCAUAGCCCAGCAGGACUACUGCUGCAUCCUCAACCAGGUGGAGAAGAACAUGCAGAAGGUGGAGGAGGAAGGAGAGAUCGUCAUGGUCAAGGAGCACCGAGAACUGGACCGAACCGGCACCAGGAAAGGACACAUUGUCAUCAAGGGCACGUCGGAGCGUCUGACCAUGCACCUGGUAGAGGAGCACUCGGUGGUGGACCCCACCUACAUUGAGGACUUCCUGUUGACGUACAGGACCUUUCUGUCCAGCCCCAUGGUGGUGGGCAAGAAGCUGCUGGAGUGGUUCCACGACCCCAGUCUCAGGGACAAGGUGACACGGGUGGUCUUGCUGUGGGUCAACAAUCACUUCAACGACUUUGAGGGGGAUGUCGCCAUGACUCGCUUCCUGGAGGAGUUUGAAAACAACCUGGAGAGAGAAAAAAUGUGCGGCCACCUGCGGCUGUUAAACAUCGCGUGCGCCGCCAAAGCCAAACCUCGCCUAGUGACGCUCACCAAAGCGUCAAGGGAGGCCGCACUCGCCUUCAGCCUUCUAGGAGGACAAGACAAAGGAUUCCGAGUCUUCAUCGACACUGUGGAGGCUGGCAGCAAGGCUGCGGAGGCAGGGCUCAAGAGAGGAGAUCAGAUCUUGGAGGUGAACGGGCAGAACUUUGAGAACGUCCAACUCAGCAAAGCCAACGAGAUUCUGAAGAACAACACGCACUUGUCAAUAACUGUGAAAACCAACCUUUUAGUGUUUAAAGAGCUGCUAACCAGGCCCGAGCAGGAGCUCCACGGCGACGUGGACUGCGACGACGAGCAUGACCGGAAGAACGGCGCGCCUCACCUGCCCAAGAUCGGCGACAUCAAGAAGGCUAGCCGCUACUCCAUACCUGACCUGGCGGUGGACGUGGAGCAGGUGAUGGGCCUGGAGAAGGCCAGCAAGAAGGCCAAGAGCAACUCGGUGGGCGGACGCAAUAAGCUCAAGAAGAUCUUUGACAAGACGCUCACCAGCAUCCUGCCUCCCAAACCUUACAACGACGUGUGCGUGGGCCAGUCCCAGGACGACAGCAUCGUGGGCAUGAAGCAGUCCAAGCAGAUCCCGCCGGCGCUGCCCGUCAGCGGCAACCUGUCGUCGUCCAACCCUGACCUGCUCCAGUCGCACCACCGCAUUCUGGACUUCAACAACCAGCCUGUGCCGGUCAGCUUAAAUAUGUCCGACCAGGUGCUGCGGGUGUUCAAGGCAGACCAACAGUCACGCUACAUCAUGAUUGGCAAGGACACCACAGCCAAGGAGGUGGUGGCCCAGGCUAUCCGGGAGUUUGCGCUGACGGCCGCGCCCGAGGCCUACUCGCUCUGCGAGGUGUCCGUCACGCCAGAGGGCGUCAUCAAACAGAGGCGGCUGCCCGACCAGCUCUCCAAACUAGCCGACAGGAUACAGCUGAGCGGGAGGUACUACCUGAAGAGCAACAUGGAGACGGAGACGCUGUGCUCGGACGAAGACGCCCAGGACCUCCUUCGCGAGGGCCAGAUCUCGCUGCUGCAGCUGAGCACGGUGGAGGUGGCCACGCAGCUGUCCAUGCGCGCCUUCCAGCUCUUCUGCGCCAUCGAGCCCACCGAGUACAUCGACGACCUGUUCAAGCUGCGCCCCAGGGCGGGCGCCGCCUCCAGCCUCAAGCGCUUCGAGGAGGCCAUCAACCACGAGACCUUCUGGGUGGCCACGGAGGUUACGCGGGAGCCCAACCAGCUCAAGCGCAUGAAGACGGUCAAGCACUUCAUCAAGAUCGCGCUGCAUUGCCGCGAGUGCAAAAACUUUAACUCCAUGUUCGCCAUCAUCAGCGGUUUGAACCUGGCUCCCGUCUCCCGACUUCGCGGAACGUGGGAGAAGCUGCCCAGUAAGUACGAGAAGCUCUUCGGCGACCUUCAGGACUUGUUCGAUCCCUCCAGGAACAUGGCCAAGUACCGAAACGUCCUCAACAACCAGAACCUGCAGCCGCCCAUCAUCCCGCUCUUCCCCGUCAUCAAGAAGGACCUCACCUUUCUGCAUGAAGGCAACGACUCCAAGGUGGACGGCCUGGUGAACUUCGAGAAGCUGCGGAUGAUCGCCAAAGAGAUCCGCCACGUGGGCCGCAUGGCCUCGGUCAACAUGGACCCCAACCUCAUGUUCAGGACCAGGAAGAAGAAGUGGAGAAGUUUAGGGUCCCUGAGUCAGGGCAGCGCCAACGCGGCCGUGCUGGACGUGAACCAGACGGGCGGCCAUAAGAAGCGUGUGCGCCGCAGCUCCUUCCUCAAUGCCAAGAAGCUAUACGAGGAUGCCCAGAUGGCGCGCAAGGUCAAACAGUAUCUGGCCAAUCUCAGCCUGGAGACCAACGAGGAGAGUCUGCAGACGCUCUCGCUGCAGUGCGAGCCGUCCGUCAGCACGCUGCCCAAGAACUCGGGGGUCCGUCGCGCCGACACGUCUCCCGUGGUGUCCAGAGCGGCCAGCCAGCAGAGGGGGCAGCUGGCCAAAGGCUCCCAAGCCCUGCAAGUGCCCGCCGUGGCCCUGUACCCAUCGCGCAAGAAGGUGCCCGUCAAGGACCUGCCUCCUUUUGGUACCAGCUCCCCUCAGUCUCUGAAGAAGAUCCUGUCUCUGUCGGAAGAGGCCACCGAGCGCCAUCGCCGGAAUCCCGAGGACUCUGCGCCAUCCAACGCCUCCUCGCAGCUCUCCUCGCCACCCGGCUCGCCGCAGAGCUCCCCCAAAAAGGGAAACUUCUUUUGCGACAUGCGUCUUUUAGGUUACAACCGCAUGGGCGACUCGUACUCGGACUGCGGUCAAAGCGAGAUGUCGUCUCGCUCCAGCCUGCUCAGCAACUUGUCCUUCGAGGACGAGCGGCGGCUGAGGCAUUCGGGGGGCGUCGCCGAGUCCCACGGUUGCGGAGCGCGCCUGGAGCGGAGGGCCGCCACCGACCCCGACCAGUACAGCCUCGGGUCAUACUCGUCGAUGCAGGACUGCCGGGGCAUCUACGCGGGCUGCCCCACGGCGCUGUCGUCUCCCAGCUCAGAGGAGCUGACCCAGGAUCAGGGCGACCGCGUAUCCCUGGACGCGGCCGACAGCGGGCGCGGUUCCUGGACGUCGUGCUCGUCCGGUUCCCACGACAACAUCCAGACCAUGCAGCAGGGCCGCAGCUGGGAGACGCUGGCCUUCGGCGGGGGGCUCCCGCACUCCGGCCCCGAGGCGAUGCUGUGGGCGGCGCAGGCGCGGGGCAGCUGGGCGUCGGCCGGCUCGUCGUCGUCCGCUGCCUACUGGGGCGAAGAUUCGGAGGGCGACACGGGCACCAUCAAGAGGCGGGGCGGCAAAGACGUCAACGCCGACGCCGAGACCAGCAGCAUCACGUCCACCGGGUCCGAGGACGCCAAGCAGAUGGGACGGCCCUCGCCCUCGCCCGUCAAUGCCGCCUCGAAAGGACUCGUGUCCCGGAAAGAGGGGCGCUACCGCGAGCCUCCCCCGACGCCGCCCGGCUACACGGCGCUGACCAUCUCCGAGCUGGCGGACGGCCAGUCGCCGUCCCCUCCCGGCCCCGCUUCCGCCACGUCCGCUGCGCCGACGCCGUCGAGCCGCCGCCCGCCCGACUACACCACGGCGCUGCAGCGCUCGCGGAUGGUGACGCAGUCCCCCGACUCCCAGGCCCACCAGGCGGCAUCCAAGCGGAGGGGCGGCGGCCUCCGGCGCGGCCGGGACGACGGCGACGACGACGAGGCGGCGGCGGCGGAGGAGGAGGAAGAGGAGGGUGAGUCUCCUAAACUUGUCGCUCUGAGGAAGCCGAGGGCGCAGCGUACCCCCCGGUCCCUCCGACCGUGACUGUGUGUGUGAAUUGGGGGGGGGCGCCCCCAAACCCCGUGGCAGAUGACGAGCAGGUGUCGGCGGUCUGAAGGGGAAAAAAAAUCAAAUCAAAUCUUCGACGUCCCUCCGAGCGACCAAUAGACUCGCAUCUUCAAGCUACUACGUGCCUGCUCUGCCUCCUGAUUGGUGGAUUCCUCCUGUUGGCUCUUCCUCCUCUUGCUCUCCCACCCCUCCGCCUUAAAGCAUCAUGGGGCGUUGACGGACCCUGCAUGCAAAAAAGAAAUGGAAGAAAAAUACUGUGAAGAAGAAGAAGAGGAGGAGGUGAAAGAUGACAAAUGCCUGGCACUUUUUGGACGAUUUAAAGACAUUUUAGAAAAUUAAAACAACGUUGACAUCUCAUCUGCACUAAAAAGAAAAAACCACAAGCAGAAGACAUUUUGAGGACGCUUUCAAUCAAACUCUUUUGCACUCCUGACCCGCUGCAGGAUGUUGGAACAAUGACGCCAGUAUUAACACAAAUGGACAAAACUUAAGACACAUUUAACGAGCACUUUCAGCACAAAACCUAGCGGACGCGCUCCUGGACGCCAGGGUAACGAUGACGACGAGGCGGCGGUAUCGCGUCGUCUUCUGCGGGGACGCCGGUUGGCGUCCGAAAAGCACAAAAAAUGGGGACGGGGUGGGGGGGUCUUAAAAAAAAAAAAAAAAAAAAAAAACAGGUUGUUGCGCCCUGAGGACUGGAAAGCUGUCAAUCGUGGCCCUCGUUGUCAUUCAUGAGUCAAGUUUGCGUGAAUGUCCAAAGCGCCUUACGACUGCACGUUCAUUACAUCACACCACGCAAGCCCAACUUCAACAAGCUGAGUGAAAUGCCUUAUUGUUCCACAACGCUUCCUUUACAUCUUCACAGCCCCGCCUCGUCCCACCUUUUACCUGUUACCCCCCCCCCGCCAUCCAUAAUAAUGGGACUUGACUGAAGGACUUUUUGUUGUUGUUGUUGUUUUUGUAUACUUCGGUGGCGAAGGAAUUAAAAGACGAAAAAUAAGGCUGCCAAUGGGGUCGAUGCCAAGGAGUCUUCGAGCCAUACGGAAAUGACAAACUAAGCUAAUGAGGUUGAAAUGUUACCAGGAUAAUUCACUAAUUUAAGGGCAAAAGCUUGUCUUUUUCCAAGAAUAACAUUGUACUAUUAGUUCAAAAAAGAUAUAUACAACCCCAAUUCCAAUGAAGCUGGAUGUUGUGUUAAACAUAAAUCAAAACAGAAUACAAUGAUUUAGUUGAAUACACUACAAAGGCAAGAUAUUGAAUUGAAUUCAUGAAUUAAGCUGUACAUCAAGCAAGAAUGGGAACGAAUUCCAGCGACAAAGCUUCAACAAUGAGUGUCCUCGGUUCCCAAACCUUUAUUGAAUGUUGUUCAAAGAAAAGGUGAUGUCACACAGUGGUGAACAUGUCACAGCCAUACAAUUCUAAGUUAAUGAUUAUUUGCAAAAAAACAAUCAAGUUUAUCAGUUUGAACAGUAAAUAUCUUGUCUUUGGGGUGUAUUCAAUUAAAUAUAGGUGGAACAUGAUUUGCAAAUCAUUGUUUUCUGUUUUUAUUUACGUGUAACACAACGUCCCAACUUCAUUGGAAUUGGGGUUGUAUGUUCAUAAAAAAUGUUAUAUUACCAGAAAAAAGUCACAAUGCUUUGAGAAUAAGAUCUGAAUAGUCAAGAAAAAAAGUUGGAAAUUUGAGAAUUUAUAACCCAGUUUUUAGUGGAAAGUCUUUUUCCAAGAAUAGCAGAGUAAUGUUAGUGUAAAAAAAAAAAAAAAAUUGUAAUAUUUGGAUCAUAAAAUCCUUGUUACCAGGGGGGGAAAAAAAAUCAGAAUAUUACUGUAGAAAAGUUUUUUUUUUGGUUUCUCCCAAGAACAAAGUUGUAAUUUGACCAGGAACAAGUUGUGAAUUAACGAGAAAAGAGCUGAGAAUAUUACCAGGAAAAAAAACAUCAUCACGAGAAGAAAAUCAUCAUUGAAAAAAAAGUCCGAACUUUUCAAGAUUAGGGAUGUAAUAAUACUAAAAAAAAAUGGUAAAUUAACAAGGAAAAAGUGCAUGCAAUAUUCUACAAAUUUUCAGACUUAUUCUUGUAAAUUGAUUACUUUUUUCCUGCUAAUUGUUAACUUGAGUCUCCUCAUUUUAGACUUGCUUUUCUGGUAAUAUUCCAACUUUCCGUUAAGUUUUCUGAUUUGUAAUUGAUAAUGCUUUCUGGUGAUAUUUUGACUUUCUGUUGGAAUUUUAUGACUUCUCUGCUAAAGGAAUAGUUUUUCUUUUCUGUGUGGCCCUAAGAGUCCUCGGUAGAAUGAUGUUUUUCUCUUUGGUCCUUCUUUCACAGAUUCUCGCUGAUCACAUUGAUCAGUUUUGGAGAAAAAGAUGAAGAGGGAAAAAAAAAAAAAGUGUUUUCCACUGCGAUAACAGUCAAAAAACCGUUUUUUGUUUUGUUUUGUUUUUUUUAAUUGUGAUAUGUUUUUGCUUAGUUUCGUACGGGCCACAUUUGGAGACGUGACGUUGCACAAAAGGUGUCGGUUUGGUGUCGUGGGUAGAACCGCUACUGUUGUGGUGAUGAUGAUCAUACUGUGUACAUUUUAGCUGGUGAUGUUCUCCUUCCCUCUACUAUGACUCACACUUUUAUGUCUUUUACAAAGACAAUCGGUGGACUUUGUGUCGCUUGAUUAUUAUUUUUUUUUUUUUUUGUAUUUUUAAUACAAUAAUUGUAAAUAUUGGUUCUAUUUUUGUUCAAAUGUAUUAUGUUUAUGCCUCAACAUCCAGUUUGUAUGAGGCUGGGAAUCAAUAAAUCCUGCAUACAGUUA